AUGCUCGAAGGGUACCUCCACGCGCUCCUCAAGAGCAUCCUCGGGACGUACGUCGACCUCAACGAGGAGUCAGAGGCGCUCCGCGUCAGCGUCUGGGAAGGCCAGGUCGAGCUACGCGAGCUGCGCCUCAAGGUCGACGCGUUCGAGCCGCUGCUCCAAGGCCUCCCGUUCUCGGUUGCCUUUGGCUGCAUUGGCUACUUUAAGCUCCAAGUCCCGCUCAUCAACCUCGGUGGCCAACCGAUCCAGGUGCAUGUACAGGACGUGUACCUGCUCCUUCGGCCGCGCGUGACGAGCGCGCCGACGUCGACCGCGUCCGCGAUGGCGUCGGCGACGACGCAAGCCGCCGCCAAAGCGUACAUGCUGCAAGCCAAGCGCACGACGCUCCAGGCGCUCGAGCUCGAGCAGGAAAAGGAAGCGAAGGACGCAGCUUCGUCACCGGCGCAGUCGACGUUCAUGUCCCGUCUCCUGACCAAACUCCUCGACAAUGUCCAAAUCCAGAUCGAACGCAUCCACGUUCGACUCGAAGACGCGGUUUCCGACCCGCGCGCGAGCUACGUCAUCGGGCUCACGCUCGACGAGCUCGUCGUCAAGUCGGUCGACGCGUCGGGUGCCUACACGCUGCAGGUCCGCGACGUCGACGCGGCCACGUGCCUGCGCAAGGUGCUCGAAAUCACGCACGACGACCAAGUGAGUCGGUUCGUCGCCCAGAUGCAAAAUUGCUUUUGGGACGAGAACACUGCCGCGGGCUGCUUGAUCGAGCCCAUGACCAUGCGCAUGUCACUGCUCAUGAACGACCGAGGCGUCAACGUCCCGCUGCCGCCCAAGGCGUUCUCGCAGCGCGUGCUCCAGCGUCUUGGCAUCGCAUGGCUCGUCGAGACGCAUGAUGCGAUCGGCGACGACGCAUGGAGCGCCUUUGUCGCGAGCAUGCCGCCUCGCGCGUACACGCUGACGUUUGUCUUUUGCGAAGCGUGGGCGCUCGCCCAAGACGCGCUCGACCUUGACGACGUGCCGACGCUCGACCAGCUGACAAGUUCGCUCCGAAGCUGUCUGCAAUGGCCCCACGUCGAUCCAUUGCGCGAGAGCCUGCGCGCCUUCCACGCUGCGGCCGUCCGCGUCGUGCAAGAGAACAGCACGUUCUUGACGGUCGAGGUCGCGAUCGAUCGGGUCGCGUGGCGCCUUCACCAGGCGCAAUACCACAGCCUCCUCGCGCUCAUGUCGGCGGUCGCACUGCAGCGGCGACAGCAGCCGUACAAGGACCUGCGCCCGACCACGUCCGUGUCGGCGCACCCGGCGGCGUGGUGGCGAUUUGCGAUUGAAGCCGUGCGUCGGGACAACAAGGCGCGGCUCGCGACGGUCAACUGGAGCCAUGUACACGCCAAGAACGUCCAGAAAGCGCGCUACAAGGAGCUGUACCUUCUUCUCAAUGACGGGUCGACCGGGUCCAAGACCGCGGGUAACAUUCAUUGGGGCGAGGUCAUGCGCGAGUUUGACGACCUCGAGUACGCCAUGGACAAUGUCGACAUUUUGGGGUGUCGGUCCGAUGCGAAAAAGGCGAUUGCAGCGGCGAAGAAGGCGCCGACGCCGCCACCGUCGGCAAGUGCGACGACGACCGACGUCUCCAUGUGGAGCUAUGGCUAUUGGUUUGGCACGACGACGACGCCGAACCCGACACCAACGUCGCCGACCGCCAGCGUCCAGAGCGAGACGCAGUACCUCUACAACGCCAUCAACUUUGACCCGACCACCGAUGCGUCCAUGACAACGACAGCUGCGUCGUCCAUCGUCCAGUACCGCGUCAACAUUGCAUUGCGCGAAUGCAGCUUUCAGCUCGGAUCGCUUCUCGAUCUGCACGUCUCGGGGAUGGCCCUCCAGCUGCUCCAGCGCGCCAAGUCGACCGAAGUAUCGCUGGAGCUCCUCACGUUUGUCUUGACCGAAGUCUCGGACGAUGCAUCGAAUCGGUGUUGCAUUGCGCGGGUGCCCAUGGAGACGGUGCUCACGCUGCCGGAAGCCGCGGCGAUGAGCAGCGUCAAGCUCCGGCACUGCGAAGCGCCGCUGCCGUUGCUGAGCGCCAAGAUCGAGCUGCCGCCGCUCGAUGACGCGGUCGCCGACGUCCGCCUCACGCUCGUGACGCAGCCCGUCGACGCGCGUCUCAGCGUGCCGUUCGUACUGGCGACGGCGGCGUUCUUGCAGCCGCCAGCGACCGUCGACUUGCAUGAGCUCGACGAUGCCGCGUGGGCCAAUGCCAAGUCGUUUACACAGUACAGUGCCGCGCAACUGCGCCAAGCGAUCGCGGCGCGCACCAAGCUCUCGCUGCAGGUGGACGUGACGUCACCGAUCAUUACGAUUGUCGAGAGCAUCCGUGAUACGGCGCUGGACGACCCCGUGCGGCUGACGCUGUACUUUGGCCAUCUCCAAGCACGCAGCCACGUGCAGGCGGCGCUUCCAAGUGGCGACCACGAGCGAUCCUUGGAGGACUUUGUCGCUCGUCUUCCGGACGAGCAGCUCCACGACGUGAUUGAAGUGCGCAUCAACGGCGCCGAUGUCCGGCUGGAAACGGACAAGCCGCUCCUCGAGCAAGCCAGCAUCUUUUGCACGCUCAAGACAAGCGUCGUGCCCGACGACCUCACGAUCCCGCUCAUCAAGCUCCACGGCCACGUGGACCACGUGUGCAUGCACUUGUCGUCGGUGAGCUACGCGCGCUUGCAGCAACUCGCAGCUUCGGUGCAGCGCAAUCUUGCCCACGUUGCGCUGCCGACGCCCGACAUGGCACCGGUGGCCGCCGCCGCGGCCUCAGCGGUCGCAUCGACUCGCCCGAGCGCUCUGACGCAAGCCGUAUCCGUCUCGGACUUUGAAAAGCUCAUGCAGCGCGUCGUGGUCGACGGUGUCUUUACCGUUGACGUUGUCGACGUCCGGCUGUACGCUGACGCGCCGCUCGUGCGUCUGCACCUCGGCAACAUGACGUCGCACAUUGUACUCCGGUCGUUUGAUCGCCGGCUCGAGUUUGGUCUUGGGUCCCUCUGCGUCGACGACUAUGCGCGACCGUUGGCGCCAACCAUGGUGUCGUCGUCGGCGGAUGCGCAGUCGCUGAUUCGCGUCGCACUGACCAUGGUGUCACUCGACCGCCCGCUGCCCCCCGAGGCUGUUUCGCCUGACGUCUGGGCAACGGUUGCGUAUCCGCAGGCGUGGGGCAGUGCACCGAUCGCACUUUUGCAGCCAGCGCUUCAGUACCCCGUCUCGGUCGACGUCGCCCUUGACGGCGUCCACGUGCACGUGCACCGGGACACGCUUUCACGUCUCUUGCUCUUUUUUGCGGGACGUCCGCGCGACGACACGGACGAUGUGCGCCUCGAAAGUCCCGUCGCCCAUGUCGUCCUACCCGAGGCAGUAACAUCAUUGCCGGUCCUAGAGCGUCAAGUGUCGGCGCGGGCCAUCCCACUGCCUCCAUCACAAAGCAGCUAUGGGAUGCGAUCGGACGACGACGACGACUCGGCGUCGUACCGAACCGCGUGCGCACAGACGGCCGUGGCAUCCCCGACGUACCUCGAGACGCUCCGCGAACUCGUCGAGCCGGCCGUCCGCGACAACACGCCGUGGCUGCAAGUGCAGCUCCAGUUCAAGUCCUUCCAGCUGACGCUGCCGACCGAAGACGAAGAAGGGACUGUGGUCGCGGCCGUGGCCGUCGAAGGUCUUUACGUGUUUUUGACCAAGUCGCCGACGACUCUCGCGCUGGCGGCAUCGCUGCGAACGGCCCGCAUCGUCGACGGCGCAGGUCGGGAGAUGUUUGGUGCCGACGUGGCUCGGUCCAUGGAAUCGGCCACGGCAUCGAUGCACCAUGCGAUCCAUCGUCAGAGCGCCAUGGUGACGAUGGCGUACGAUGCGUUCGGAACGGAAGCGUUUGAAGAGUCGUGGCACCCAGGGUACGCCUCUGGCAUCUCGCUCUGCCUCCGGUCGCCACAUGUUUGCUUUUUGUACCGGUUCCUUCUCGAACUCCAGAGCUACGCGACGACCGGGCCUCUUGUGGAGACAUUGGCGCAGCUGGCGUCGGCCCCGACGUCACAAGAUGCAGGUCUGUCCGUCGUGGACGCCCAAGACGACGAUUCGGACGUGUCGGCGGUCUCGACGUUUCCGUCGAUUCAGAUUGAGGUUCAUGACAGCGUCCUUGAAAUGCCCCGCGAUUCGUCGUCCAAGGAUGCGAUUACGCUUCGACUCGACGCACUACGCGUAUCGAACGGACCGGCCGUGACGGACAUGGACGGGCACUCGACGAUGGACAAGGUGCUGCGCAACGCCCGCUUGACGACGCUCGCGAUCGAUGCCGCGGGUGUCCGCGUCGUGACGACGAUUCACGACCAGUCGACGAGCUUGCUCGGAGGCACCCGCUUCGACCUCGUCGUCGACUUGGCCCACGGGACGUCGGUGACGAUCCAGGCGACACCGAUCCGGUUCGUGUGUUCGCAAGAGCAAUACGCUUUUCUCUUGUCGGCGCCGUCGUCCAACGUCAACGAGGUGCCCAAGCAGCAGCGCGCGCCGACGUCGUCGUAUCCGCGCGCCGCACCCGCGCCGCCCGCAUCGUACCUAUCGAUCCGCGUCUCGAUCCCCGAGCUCUCGAUGGAGUUGUGCAACGGUGACAGUGGCUACCAGCCGACGUCGACGGGCGACCUCUCGAUGGCAACGCUCGCGUCCGACGACGUGGCGUCGAUGGCGCGUCUGCACCUGCGGGCGAUCGAAGCGUCAUUGAUUUCACGGGACAGUGCUCUGAAGGCGAGUUUGCGUGUGCGCGAGGUCGUCGUCAGUGAUUCGCGCCGGAUCGACGCCGUCGCGCCGCCGUAUCGGUCGCUCAUUGCGCUUCGGCACACCGAUGACGACGGAGACGCAUUGGUCCUCACCGUGGCCCACGGCAACGACCGAGAGUCUCAUCUCUUUGAUCGGGUGGCGAGCCCCGAAGCGCGACCGGGCCCCGACGACGACGACGACGAGACGGCGUGGCGAUUGGAUGUGGGACUCUACGGCCUUUCCUUCUACCCGUCGCCGCUCUUGCGGCACCUGAGUCAGUUUUUUGUGCCUGUGGCGCCGCGUUCGAGUGCGGACGACGCGGACGAGACGCCCGUCACCGCCGACGUGCCAGGCAAGGCGAGCAUGGAUGGACCCUACCCCGCGGUGCGACUGCGCUUCACGUGCGCGGCCGCGUCGGUCGUUUUGGUCGAGAACCUCGCCCGCGACGACUCGCGGCUGCUUCGUCUGCAGUGGCAUGCAUCCUUGACGGUCUCCGUCGACACGAUCCACGGUGUCCGCGUUGACGUCAUGUUGUCUCAAGUGCAAGCCAGCUCCAAGCUGCUCGAGCUCGAAGCCGACGGCAUUCUCAAGCCCAUCACGAUCCACGCCGGCGGAGCCUACAUCGCACAGACGCUCGUGGGCCACGUCAGCAUCGACCAAGUCAUCGUCUUGCGCUGUGGGUACAUGGAUUAUACGACGCUGUUCGCGGCGCUGGCUGCCCUUUCGCCGCCACCGCCACCGCCAACGGCUACGUCCACGCCGGUGCCCGAGGCAGCGCCGGUGACGCUGCCGUCGCACGUGACGUCGCCACCGGCGCCGCGGCGUCCCGUGCGCUAUGGCGACGCCCGCAUCAAGUUUGUGUUGUUUACGCCGCGCGGGUACUUUCAGUCGAAAGACGCCCUCGGAUACUACUCGGGCCAUUGGCGCAAGUACAUCAUGAUGCCACCCGUGCCGUCCGGGUACGAGGCGUCGUUUGAAGAGAUGACGUUCACACUCUUGCCGGCGCCGAGCAACGACGCCUCCGUCGGCGACACAAUCCGGUUUGGCGAUGCCGUCGUCCUUCAAGAUCGCAACGGGACCUUUGUGGCCAAGUACGAUGCGCUCGGCGCGUCCGGGUACCUCGGCCCCGAGGGCGGUGGCGGGCGCUUCGAGUGCCGCCUCUGGCAAGCCGGCACGACCAUCUUCAACGCCGACCGCACCGCCGUGCAUUAUAGCGACAGCGUCGAGCUCGAAGGCGUCACACUGUACGACCCCAACCCGGCGCCCGUGCGACUCAAAGAGGCAGCGGCGCAGCGCGCCCAUGCGACCCACGGUGGGUAUCUUAUGUUUAACGGUAUGGGUGACGCGCCGGUCGUGUUUGCGCUGCACUCGCAGGACGACGACGACGACGACGGCGGCGUGGCGACCGAUGACGUGGAGAGCGAUGCGGCGCACCCGAUCGACGGCCUCAGUGAUCACUUCCGCGUCGUCUCGGCGCAGAUCGCCGUGCCUGGCGUUCGCCUCACGGUGCUCAAUGAUAUGAACAACAUGCAUCUCCCGCUGCUGCAUGCCGAAGUUGUGCCGAUUGCGAUGACGCUCCAGACGCAGCGACGCCGCGCGUCGCUUUUCUUGCAUCUCGGCAUGAACCUUCAGGCGUACAACCGCCGCCUCGCCGUGUGGGAGCCGAUUCUCGAAGAGUUUCCCGUGCAUGUCGCCUAUCACGCGCACGGCGGCGUUGUCUGCGACGUCUGCCUCUACGAAGACAGCGUGCUUGCGUGCCCGAGCACCCCCCAAUGUGCGAUUCCGACGGCAACGACCCACCUCUUUACCUCGAUUGCACGGCGGGCGUUUGAGACCAAGCAACAAAUCCAGCGCGACUUGCUCCAAUGCGAGGCGUCGCGACCGGGCGACACGCUCUUGCUGACGGUGCCAUCAGGCAUCGCGCUCAACGUCUCGCGCAACAACCUGCACGUGCUCUUCCACGGGCUCGAGCUCUUCACGCAGCACCGGCGGCAGGACUCGGCGCGCGCCGAGACCUUUGGCUCCAACGUCUACGUCGACAACCAAAGCGGCGUCCCGCUAGCGUAUGCGAUGGUCGACACGGUCGUUUCGGAAAGCACGGAGAGUGGAUCGCGCUUGCAGUGGACGCCCGUGCUGAGCGGCAGCUGCGUGCCCACGAGCAUGUUGGCACACGAAGCUCCCGCGGGUAUCGUCAUGGCGCCGAUGCGCCGCCUGCUGUGGCUCAAGUACGACAAGAAGCCGAUGCUGGUGCCGAUUGAGCACGGGCACAAGAGCUGCUUUCAGUUCCACCCCGACCAGCCGCUCUUGGGCGAGACGGUCGCGGAGAAAGGCACGCUGAUUUUACGCAUUCGGUCGGCGGUGCAGCUGCGCAACCUGCUCGGGGUGCCCGUGGACGUGCACUAUGACACGCCCAAGGCCCCGCCGUUUCUGCUGAGCGCCGGCGCGUCGACGUACGUACCUGUGCAGGCGCUCAAGGACGGCUACGUGACGCUGUGCCCGCGGCUCGACGACGGCCAAUUGGACCCGUGCUUGCCGCUGGCGUGGCGCACGCUCGUGGCCGCGGCCAAGAAGGCGCCGCAUGAGAAGGCCAAGAUCGGACACAUUGUCGAUACGGUCACGUUCUUCUGGCGGGCGUACCCGUCGCACACAUCGGGCGGUGUGCACUUGCCGCCGUACAAUAUGCUCGUCGUCGCCAGCAGCGCCGACUUGGAUCGGAGUUUCUCGCUCCACGCGCCAUUGAGUGUGGAGAAUCUCUUGCCGUGGCCCGCCACGUAUUAUUUGCUGCACGAGUCCAAGGACGGCCGGCAAGAGAUCGCGAUGGGAGCCAUUGACUCGGGCAGCUGCGCGUCCAUGUGUGUGGUCGACAUGCGGCAAGACGUCUCGAUCGCACUGAGCCUCGCCGUGCCGAGCGUCGAGCUCCCGCGCUCCACCGAUCUGGUGUGGAUCUUUGGCCCCAAGUUGGCGAAUCAGCGACAGUACGCAACCCUCGGUACCAACUGCGUCGUUGUGGUCGACCUCUGCGACCCUCUGCAGACGAGCGAUCGGACGCCGCACCGAGACGGCCCCGUGGCCUGCCGCCUCUACGCAGAGUAUUGGUUCAUCGACCGGUCGGACCUCGGGCUCCACUUUGACACGCCAUCAACGAGCCUUCUCCCGCAGCGGCUCGUGGCGCCGUCGCCGGACGAAGCAUUUUUCGUCAAGAAUCCACUUACAAUGGCGUCGAUGACGUCGGUCGUGAGCGCCAAGGUACUGGAUGGGUCGGCGCAGUGGACAUCAACGGCGAUCGACCUCUCGGCCGUCGGAACGCGGGCGCCGCUGAGCUUGCACCGGACGCACAUCGGCCUUAAGAACGUUGGCACGCGGCUCUCAAAGCACUUGUCGUCGCUCAUGGGCAUCGCCGAAGAGAAGCCCAAGGCCAGCGCCACGACCGAGUUUGCGCUCGGUGUUCGCCUCGACCAAGGCCCCGGUCGGUUCUCGCGGACGACCGUCGUCACCUUUACGCCUCGGUACCUCCUUGUCAACAAGUCGGUCGACGCCACGCUCGAGGUGACGCAAAGCGGGUCCCGUUCCGUGACGCGUCUCGCGCCCUGCGACCAAGCGUUCUUUCACUGGGAGAGCGACCACGACCAGAAAGUCCAAGUCCGGUGGCUGCCCACGGGCGGCGGGCGACCGACGAUGUGGACGCAUGCAUUCGAGAUGGCGGUCGUCGGCGACUUUAUGCUCAAGAUGCACGCGCCACCGCCGACGCACGACGUCUACACCGACUGCGGGGUUCACGACCACCCGACGGCGCACAUGCUGCAUGUCGCGAUCCAGCUUCAGGAACCGAUGCUUGUGGUCGUGCUCCACGCAGCCGUCGACUCGCACCCCGAUGUCUCGUUGCCGAUCCCGUACAUUGUCCGCAACGACUGCACACGGUUCCGCGUGGUGUUGUGGCAAAAGCAGGACGCGUCCUCGCACGCCUACCAGAGCCUCGAUGUGCUACCACCAUUGACCUCGCUCGCGUACGUCCCCGACGUGCCACGCAACAACCCGACCGUGUGCCUCCAGCUGCAGAGCACGCUGCUCUCGUCGUCGCCGAUGAAGGAGCUCGAGCUCGUGCCGCACGAUGCGCUCGUCAACAUCGAGGUGACCUUUGACAAGCCGCACCGACUGCCCGUCAUCCAGGUCGGGAAGCGCCGGGUGUGGGUCGACAUGCUUAUGGACGGCACGACCAAGUCGAUCGUCAUCACGGAUAUGCUGCCUGGCACCUCGGAGGCCCACACGCACAAGCGGCAGUCGAUGCUGUUGAAGGACUGGAAGCACAUUCUCCGGCGCCUCGCGCAGACGGCGCAGGUGCUGGCACCUAUACCAAGCAGUGUCGCAUGGCCAGAGACGAUCGACAGCGACCGCUACGCGCUGUGUCUCUAUGUCCUCGAGGCACGGCGCCUUGGCAGCCUCCUUCCAACGACGCGCGAGACCUUCCGGCCGUUUGUCAAGAUCCACUUGCACGGUCGCUCGAAAGAGGUGUUCCCGCAAAAGCAAGCGAUCUCGCCGAUUUGGCUGCCGCAAGAGACGGACCCGGUGCGCGGUGCCCUUCCUGCGGCUGCCCAGAGCGUGCUCCGCCUUGAAGUUCGCGACGCCGACGCCAUCUUUGGGAGUACGCUCCUCGGGUAUUGUGAGCUUGAACUCGGUCUUCUCUGUGACUCAAAGUGUCGUCCAACGACGCUGGACGUGUGGUGUCCACUGACGUCGAGCGUGACGGGCAUGCCGUCAUCCGCGUCCGUGCACCUUCUUUUGUCCCUCUCACCGUCGGAGGCAUCGAUGAUCGAGGUCCACGAAGAGGUUCUAAUCGCGACUCUUGUCCGCGCCGACGUUGCAAUGGCACUGGGGUGCCGGGACCGGUUCCAGCUGGUGCUCGAGGCGGCGUCGCUGGAUGUCGCCGACCUCGAGUCGAGCGCCGAUGGCGACCGGCGCAGCCUCACGAGCUUUAGCACCGCGACAAGCACGGCAAGCGACGAUACGCUUCUGGACGAGAAGAAGCAGCUCAGCGUGGUCGUCUUGCACGUCUCGUCGCCGCUGCCGUUGCAGUUGACGCACAACUACUACUGCGCAAUCGAGUCGGACGUCUCGACACGGUGCACGACGCCAGUGUUGCCGAAAGACGACGCGGUGACGCCGACGCGGCGCGAGACGCCGGUGGUUCUCGACUUUCUCGGUGGCCAUGCGCUCGGCCUCGACUUGGUGUACGCCGACGGCCACGUGCACAUCCACGGCGUCGACUGCGACGGGCAGAGCGGUCUCUACUACAAGGACGGGCGCAUCCGCAUCGGCGACCGCGUCCAAGCCGUCAACCGCCACACGAUUCUGAACCUCUCGAAAGAUGCCGCGUUCGCUGCGAUCGAAGCCGCGCGGAGCGACGCGGCGGUGUUUACAUUGACGCUUGCGCCGACGACGACGCCGGACGACGCGCCGGUGGUCGACAUCGAGUGGAACCGAAGGCUCAUCUUUGCCGACGCCAAGGCGGAUGGGUACCUCAAGGUGCGCUUCUACGAGCGGCUGCGCGAGAAGGACCACGGCGUCAGCGAAGAGAAGGAAGCGAGUGUCCUUCCGUUCUUGUAUUUCUUUGGGGAAGAUGCGAUCCUGGACGACCUCGACCACAGCAAGCAGCAUCGGCAGACCGACACGCUGAUUGCGAUUUGCUGGGUGCGCAUCCCGGACGACGACGACGACUGGGUCCGCGUCGAGCACGCCCACGAGCGCAUCUGCGCCUUGUACCAGUUUCUACCGACGUCGACUGCCGGUAGCGAGCUCCGUAUCGUGGGCCACCUUCGCAUCGCGCUCAAGUGGGAGCUGGUCAAGCCAUUGGACGAGGUUGCGCCGUCGCUGUCGUUGUACGCCCAGAUCGACGUCGGUCCGGUCUUUGUCUCGCUUGUCGACCUCAACGAAGAGGUGCUCUGCGCGUCGCUGACGGGGUCGCCCGACGUGCCGGGCAUCCAAGUGAGCUACGGCGUUGUCUCGGACAAUCGGCAAGUGAUCAACGUCCGCCUCGACCACGUGCAGCUCGACAACCAACUCGUCGAUACCAACUACCCCGUGACGCUCGCGCCGGUGCGACAAAGCGGCAGCGAGGCCAUGCCCACGGUCCAGUUUAUGGCCGUCGUCAACGUCCUGCCCGCGGUCAUGCACUUCGAGUACAUUUUUGCCCAGCUCCAGGAGCUCGAGAUCAAGGUCGAGGACUUCCUGCUCGUUGCGAUCGCGCGGGUCUUCUCCAACAUUGACUGGAGCUUCCAGGCGCCGGCACUGGCUCCGCGCGCGUCGUCGGUCUAUGCGCUGCUGUCGGCGCAGAACCUCGUCGCCGAGCUCCACAUCACCGACUCGAUGCUCGAGGAGAACAAGAAGGUCGUGCUUCGCUGGCUGCUGCUGUGUCCGAUCCGGCUCAACGUGACGUUUUCCAGCACGACCGACCAGCCGCUGACGCACUCGAUCCUCUCGCCGCAAAUGAGUCCGCUUCUGCGCAACAUCAUUGGGGCAGCGACAGCGCUCGUGACAAAUCUAGACCGCGCCCCGAUCGAGAUUCCAGAAUUCUACAUUGAGAGCGUGUUUGAAACCAAGUAUGCGCUCGGCUUCUACGUCAUGCAGCACUACUUGCACUAUGGCCUGCGGUCCUGGUACAAGAUUGUCGGGUCGGUCGACGUGCUCGGCAACCCGAUCGGGCUCGUGAGCACACUCGGCACAGGCGUCCGCGACUUCUUCUUCACGCCGGCGCAGAUGCUCCUCGAAGACGAGUCGGGCUUGCGCAUUGAGAACCUCCGGACGGGCAUGACCAAGGGCUCCAAGAGCCUCUUGCGCAACACGGCCGUUGGGAUCUUCCACACGACGGGCAAGAUCACCGAGACGCUCGGAAAAGGCAUUGCGAUGUUGGCGAUGGACAACGAGUACAACACCCAACGCCAGCAACGUGCUCUCAAACAAGCAACCACGAUUUCGCAUCUGGGCGACGGCAUUCUCGAAGGCGGCAAGGACCUCGCCGGUGGUAUCUGGGAAGGCGUGCGCGGUGUCGUCGUCGAACCCGUGGUCGGUGCCGCCAACGACGGCGCCGGUGGCUUCAUUGUCGGUCUUGGCAAGGGAUUUGCGGGACUGCUUGUCAAGCCCACGGCUGGCGUCCUCGACUUGCUCACGAGUGUCUCGCACGGUGUUAAAGUCACGGCCGAGUCGAUGGACGCCCGCCUCGAGCGCCGCGGGUCGAGUCGCGUUCGCCUCCCGCGCCGUUUUGGAUCGGACGGUGUCCUUGUCGCCUACUCGGAGCGGGAAGCCAAGGGCAGUGCGCUCAUGCUCCUCACGGGCCUCGAGGACGAGUACGUCUAUCAUGUCGAGUAUGGCGACGAAGCCAACCGCGGUCUUGUGCUCCUUACCAACAAGCGCAUCACGUGUCUCGCGAAAGGUCACCCGCUCUGGGAGCUCGCGCUCGACUCGACCUUGGUCGUUGAGGCCGUCGACCAGACGCUGCGCGUGACCGCUGCCAAGAAGCUCUACACGGUCCCGUGCCAUGCGUCGCCGCGGCUCUUUCAAGUCGCUGUCGAGCAUCUCCGCGGCAGCAGCGGACUCCAAGAGACACGCUACGUGCUCUUGAACUUGGAGAAGAAGGGCCGUAGCACCGAAGCGUCGGUGGACGGGAGUGCUGUGACGGACCCUGGCGCUGAAAAAGUGGUUUUGGAGCUUUCGGCCACGGACCUCCAAAGCCAGCCGAUCCGAUCGAUCCGUGUCGAGCUCUGCCACAUUGACAACAAGGACGCCCGCGCCCGUGUGCCCCACCGCCCUUCGGACGUGCUCGCGUCCUUCUCUGUCUUUCGGCUGCUCGUGCUUGGCGGUCCGUACCAGUGGACGGUCUUCCGGCGCUUUAGCGAAUUUCGGGAACUCCACGAGACGCUGCAGCAGCUGGUCGAUAUGACCUCGUUGCCUCCGUUGCCGCCGCGCCACCUCUUCUUUUCUACCCGCGCAUCCAUCGUCAAGGCGCGGCAGGACGCGCUGAGCGUCUACCUCCAAGCCGUCAUCAUGCACCCGCCGAUCCUGCAUGCCGCUGAGAUGCAGCUCUUUUUGACGCACGAUGCCAGCGACGUGCACGUGGCCCACGUCGGUCUGCUGUAG